AUGUCUCUGAACAAACAGCUAUCAAACAGGAAGGGGAGGAGCAACAACAUACAAGCACUCCAAAAAGGAAAACCAUCUAUGGUCACACACCAGGCAAAGAAUCAAUCCACAUCCAACCAGCAAGGGCACCUACCAAGUUUCCCACCAGGAUUCCCACCAAUGCCAUACCCAACCAAGCCAAGAUUGGGAUAUGAAGGAUAUGCUCCAACAACUCCUUCAAGGGCAAGCCAAAGGUUCACUGGAAAUGAACCACAAGUUGCUGGAAUAAACUCAAACUGGAGUCAUUGA